AUGAGAUUUUCAUACAUCAUUUGUUUAAUCUUUGUAUCUUUUUACUUUGCUUCAGUUUGUUUAGGUUCAUUCCUUGAUAAACCAGUUUUAGAUGAUAACCUCAUCAAUUCAAUCAAUAAUAAUAAAAAAUCAUCAUGGACUGCCCAUAGAAAUAAAAAUUUCGAAGGUAAGACUUUUGGUGAUAUCAUUGGUAUGAUGGGUACUAAAAAAACUGCUGCUCCAUUCAAAUUAACUGAAAAUGGUGAAGAACUCAAAGGUUCAAUCCCAACUUCAUUCGAUUCUCGUGUCCAAUGGCCAGACUGUAUCCACCCAAUCCUCAACCAAGAACAAUGUGGUUCAUGUUGGGCCUUUUCUUCAUCUGAAGUUUUAAGUGAUAGAUUAUGUAUUGCCUCAAAUAAUAAAACUAACCCAGGUGCUCUCAGUCCACAAACUUUAGUUGCUUGUGAUGUAUAUGGUAAUGAUGGUUGUAGUGGUGGUAUCCCACAAUUAGCUUGGGAAUAUAUGGAACUUAAAGGUUUACCAACUGACUCAUGCGUCCCAUACACUGCUGGUAACGGUACUGUCUACUCUUGUCAAAGAUCAUGUUCCGAUAGUGAAGAUUACAGUUUAUACAGAGCUAAGCCAUUCACCUUAAAGACUUGCUCUUCAGUUCAAUGUAUCCAAGAAAACAUUUUAGCUUAUGGUCCAAUCGUUGGUACUAUGGAAGUUUAUGAAGAUUUUAUGAGCUACAGCUCAGGUGUUUACGUUAUGACUCCAGGUUCAUCUUUAUUAGGUGGUCAUGCUAUUAAAAUUGUUGGUUGGGGCUUUGAUCAAACCUCUCAAUUAAACUACUGGAUUGUUGCUAAUUCAUGGGGUGCUGACUGGGGUCAACAAGGUUUCUUUUUCAUUUCAAUGGAAACUUGUUCAAUUUCUAGUGAUGCAAGUGCUGCCGAAGCCCGUGUUUAA